AUGUACUCCAUCGAAAAUUCGUACUACUCAUAUUUGGGUCUCUUACUCAUUCUAUGCUGCAGCGGCGUAGUGUUCGUCCAGUUCCUGAAACCUACCGACUUGAAAUGUUAUCUGGGCACAAAGAGACGGCCAAUGCCGCCAGGGCCACCGGGCGUACCGAUCUUGGGAAACUUGCCGCAGAUGAUGCAAGCCCGCCGCGAAACCCUUUUGUUCAAUAAGUGGCUGGCUUCCUUGAUACCGUACGGCGAAAUGGUGACGCUGCGUAUGGGAUCCAAGACGUGGGUUUUGCUCAACUCGGACCGCGUGGUCUCGGAAAUCAUAGCUAAGCGUGGGAAGAUCACCAACGAGAGACCCCAUAUGCCCGUCGCGAGCGAUCUUGUGAGCAACGGAAAGCGCACGGUGAUACGGCAGGAAGCAGAAUGGCGAGAAGGACGCCGCGUGAUGCAUCAACUGCUCAGCGGCUCGAACCUCAAGGUCUAUGCUGGCAUGCAAGAACUCGAGAGCAUGGACAUGCUGCGGCGGUAUCUUCGGGAGCCUAACCUCUGGUUUGCCCACAACUAUCGCUAUGCCACUUCCGUGCUUUACAGGAUUGUUAUGGGCUACCCCCUGAACAAGACGAAAGCGCAGCUCGACGACUAUCAGAGGGUGACGAUCGAGUUCGUCACGGCCAUCAACCGGAGCUACGUGGAUUUCUUCCCAUCGGUUAGCAAGCUCCCCCAUUUCCUACAGCCUUGGCGGCGUUUCUGGGCCCAGAUGGGCUCGUUUCAUCGCCAUGUCUUCCAGGAAUGGUGGGACCCCAUCAAGACCGCCGUGAGUAAGGGGUCGGCGCCGCCCUCGUUCGUCCGCGACGUUCUUCUCCAUCCAGAUGUCAGGUUUACUGGGGAUGACGAAGAGGCUAUGUACCUGGCCACAUCUGUCAUGGCGGCCGGUGGUGACAACACGCGCAUGACGAUGAAUGUGUUCAUAAUGGCCAUGGUCACACGCCCCGAGGCCCAGUUACGGGCACGCGAGGAAGUUGAUCGAGUGUGCACAGAUGGCGAUUCGCUCAGGCUUCCCCGGAUGGCUGACCUACCGGCGAUGCCCUACGUCGCAGCCAUGAUUAAAGAAGUUCUCCGUUGGCGACCGACCGUCCCCGUUGUUCCACCCCACCAGCUCACCGAGGACCUGGAGUUCGAUGGGUACUUCAUACCUUCCGGCACAUGCUUCCUGGUCAACUCGAUCGGGCUGUCCAGCGAGUUCGACAAUGCUUAUGAGUUCCGGCCCGAGAGAUGGAAUGAGGAUUUAGGAGCCGAUAGGGUACCGAACUUCUGGGGAUUUGGAGGCGGCCGUCGGAUCUGCGUCGGGUGGAAAGUUGCGGAGCAAGCUUUGUUCAUAGCAUUUGCUCGUCUGCUUUAUUGUUUCGAAAUGAGUCCGAACGGGCCAAUUAAUGACGAGAAACUCAACCACCAAGCCCUCAACGAACCGUUCCCUGUGAAGACCACUGUUCGCAGUGCUGGCCACGCAUUGCUCAUUGAGGAGGAAGCAUCCAAGUAUGAAGCCUCAUUCUCUACCUUUGGGGUCAAAUGA